AUGUGCUUCCGCGUCAAGUUUUACCCCACGGACCCGGCGGCUCUGAAGGAGGAGAUCACCAGGUAUUUAGUCUUCCUGCAGAUCAAAAGGGAUCUGUACCACGGGCGGCUCCUCUGCAAGACGUCGGAUGCCGCGCUGCUGGCCGCCUAUAUCCUUCAGGCUGAGAUCGGGGACUACGAUCCAGGGAAGCACCCAGAAGGCUACAGCUCCAAGUUCCAGUUCUUCCCCAAGCACUCGGAGAAGCUGGAGAGGAAAAUCGCGGAGAUCCACAAGUCGGAGCUGAGUGGGCAGACACCAGCUACUUCAGAGCUGAAUUUUCUCAGGAAAGCCCAGACUCUGGAGACCUAUGGGGUUGACCCACACCCUUGCAAGGACGUGUCGGGGAACGCGGCGUUUUUGGCCUUCACUCCAUUCGGCUUUGUUGUUCUGCAGGGAAACAAGAGGGUUCACUUCAUCAAAUGGAAUGAGGUGACCAAAAUGAAAUUUGAAGGGAAGACUUUCUAUUUGUACGAGAAGAAAAUCGUUCUCACCUACUUCGCCCCGACACCCGAAGCCUGCAAGCACCUCUGGAAGUGUGGGAUAGAGAACCAGGCCUUCUACAAGUCCUGGGGCUCAGGCAGGGGCUGUCACCCUGUCCUGGUGGCCCUGGCAGAGUCACCAGCCACCAGGAGCACCAGUGCCUCCACGCUGGCCUCACAGCUGCUCUUCUUGCCCCCCUGCAGUGGCCGCGUGGCGAAGGAGGUGAUGGAAUCCAGCGCCAAGAUCAAGCGGGAGCCCCCCGAGAUUCACCGGGCAGGGCUGGUGCCGAGCAGGAGCUGCCCCUCCAUCACCCACGGCCCCCGCCUGAGCAGCGUGCCCCGCCCCCGCAGGAGAGCCGUGCACAGCUCCAUCAUGGAAGGCCUGGAGUCUCUGCGGGACAGUGCCCACUCCACCCCCGUGCGCUCCACAUCCCACGGUGACGCCUUCGUCGCCCCCGGCCGGGGCGGCCGCGCCGAGAGCAGCGACCGCGUGGCCGUCAUCGCCGACGAGAACUACAGCCCCGCGGACAGCGUGCUGCCCACGCCGGUGGCUGAGCACAGCCUGGAGCUGAUGCUGCUCUCCCGACAGGCCAACGGGGCCCCGUGCAGCAUCGAGGAGGAGAAGGAGUCGGAGGCGGGCACGCCGGCGGCGGCCGAGGAGCCCGGGGCAGAGCUGUGUGCCCUGUGCCCGGGCAGCCUGGGGGCGGCACAGGCCGAACAGGCGAUGGUUUGCCUGCAAAGUCCGCGCCGUGGUAAACCUGCUCAUUGA